CUCGGGUCUGUGAGCAUUGAGCAUCUCACAGACUUCAUUGGACAGGGCUUAGAGUACUAGCUCUUAAUCCACAUAAAGGCUAUCUUUUACUACUCAGUGGUGCCACCCCCACAGAUGGCACGCUCGAGCGCGCUCGAACAACAUCAGCUUUCCAACACCACCACGCACUCAGGACUGUUGGUGGAAUCUACCAUUGUCGAGAUGUACGACAAAUACAGCUGCUCAAUGGCCAAAUCCAUCACACCACCUCGACUUCCAACGGAGCUAUGGCUGCAAAUUUUCGAGCAAGUGGACGAUGUCGAGUUCCUCUGGUGCACAUUGCGUUUUGUAUCUAGAGACUACAAAGCCUUCGUAGACCGGGUCUUCGUCACUAACUAUCUCCCUACUAUCUCGUUUUCGUUAUCGCUACCUCGACUGGAUCCAAAUUCCGGUCGUGCCCGUUACAUGCGGCCAGUACCAGGCGCUGAAGUCACUUUACAUUGCGAAAACCCCGACGCAGAAUCACGGAGGGUGGUCUUAUCAACCCCAAAAGCACUGCCUAGUGGCGACACAAUUGAGCAAUUGACAGCGUCCGGCGCACUCACGAAGGAACGCUUGGACGAGGCUGCGGCUUGGAUGUGGUUUGGCAAACAACGGACUAGAGGAGUAAAUGUUGUUACUAUCAACAAAGACAUACGAUGGAAUGAAGAGGAGAAGGUCUGGGUUUGGAGCGUGGAAUGGAAGGCUUUUGUGAACAAGUACUUUGGCGCUAAGCGAGCUUCCAGACGGACGCUCCCAGCGACGGGCUGGAGAAUACGUCAGGGUCCACGCACCUAGGUGACGUUAUGACAGGUGUAACGUUCAGCUAUUUGAAAUACUCGGUGUUCGUACAGUGUCUAGGCGUCGGUGCAGGCUUCCGGGGCUCACUUGUCGCAGCACUCAUCCAACUGACAAACGUCACAAUUUUGUGACAGUGUGGAGAUGCCACACCAGGCAAUGCAUAAAAUUGCAAAAGCCUCAUGGCUGGCUUCGACACUGAGUUGAGACACCUGAUCGCCUUAUUGAGACGUCUAAGAUGCCGGGAUCAUGGCACCUCGGCAACGCCAUGCAGAUCGCUGAGGCACACAUGAGACACCCCUACCCCUUGUCACGAACCAGGCACAUCUCAAUAGUAUAG